AUGACUAAUUAUUCAUUAAUCGAAUUUAAAUUGCGUCGAUUUAUAUUCUUGGGAGAAAAAACUUCAAUUUAUGUUUCCCCAGUUCACAAGGAAGAAUUCUGGAAAGAUAAAAACAGACAAGAUUUCAAAAUAACAGGUGUAAAUCUAAUUGGAAAUAUAAUAAGAAAAAAUAAUAUUAAAGAUAUUAAUUCUAUUGUUCCAAUAAUCUCAAAGAUAGCAAAAGAAAAUAAACUUCAAAAUUAUGAGAAUUUAAUAUAUCUAUUGGCUGUGUGUACAAAGUUUAGUUUGGAGAAUUGUCAAAAAAUGAAAACUGAUGCUUAUGAAAUGGUUUUAACCAUUUGCAUAGAUGGAUUAAAAUUAUUAAUGUUCUAUAAAUUUUGUCAUACUGCUGCUACGCUCCUCUAUGACAACGGAUAUAUUUCUACAAAAUCUUCAGGUUUUGGUGAAGGCACUCAAAAGGUACUUCAAAAAUGGUAUCUCAGUAAAGAACCUCUCGAGACAAUUAAAGCCAUAAUGAAACAUAAGACCUAUUGUGGUGUUAAUCAUAAACAUGUUAUGGGCACAAUUCAUCUGCAUUCGAUGGACCCAGGUCAUAAAAUUUACAUUACUUACAUAUCAUUUGGUAUAAAAAGAAUGAUACAAGUAUAUGAAAAAAAAUUACUCAUAGAAGAUAAUGACAGCAAAGAGCAAAAAUUAUCAAAAACACUACAACUAUAUGUUUACAACUAUAUUAAUGAAGCACAUCGUAUAUCUGAUUCAACAAACAGUAAAUUGGUUAAAGAUUUGAAAUGGAAUAAUGUGGGAAAAGAUUAUGAAAUUGUAGUUUCAAAAAUGCUCAAGAGUCCAAAAGUUAGCUAUACAAUAUAA